UUUGCCUAAUAUUGGAAGUUCUGGAUGGUGUGGCUUUCCUUUUCCAUAAAUCGUUUUACCCAGAUUGUCAAGUUACAACAAAACACGUUCAGUUGAUCUUCGUGUGAAAGAUUGUUAAAUCGAGCCCCUUCAAUUAUUUUCAAAACGUAACAAUCCGUAAAAAUCUAUAAGAACACGAUCAAACACUUUCAGUACGCGUAACGGAGCCGGGAGCACUGAUAUAUCAUGGGCGAAUUAGCAAACGAAGUUCAAACUUUGAAGGAGGAUUUUCCAAAGUUUUCGACAAAUGAUAGCGACAAUGAUGAAUUAAUAUUUUUCUCAUCUAUAGAUGAGGUCACGAAAGAAUGGUUAAAAUCGCUAAAUCAUAUAUGGCAAUUGUGGAAAAAGUGUGACGGUGUAACCAAAUUCUUGACAGAUUAUUUUGAAAGCGCGUCAAACCCAUAUUUAUGCACGAUAAGAAUAUUAGUAAACACUACAGAUUUUAAACACAUGAAAUUGAACUCCUCGUUAGCAUUUACAGUCAUAGAAGAGUAUGCAAAAUGGUUAAAACCACGAAAAGACAUGUAUAAGCAUUUUUUGGUGCUUGAUCUAAAAAUAGCGACAUUUAAAUUAAUUAGUAAGCAAACAAAUAUGCAAUUUAUCAAAUUGGUUGCAGAAACAUAUGACUUUAUAGAGCAUAAAGAAGACUUCAUUCAAAUAAUAGAGCAAAUGGUUCAAGAAAAAAAGUAUAAAGAAGCAGCACAGUAUGCAGUUAUGCUGGAAUUGCAAAAUUAUUUUGAUGAUAUUGAAUCAUUAUUGUUACCACUUAUUUUGCAAAACAAACUAGCAAUUGUGGAAGAGUUUUUAGCAGAUUGUCCAGAAAUGCAGAAUGCUUUAGUCCAGUACCUGGACAAUUUACUAUCUCCGGAUAGUAACAUGCAUACGAAAUUGAAUUCAAUAAUUCAAAAAAAACAGAUACCAGAUGUCAAAAUGUCGACGUCGCAUACAAAACCAAUGACGAAGCUGGUAGGACGAUUCGUCAAAAUGUACAAUCUUCCACUUGAAAAUUACCAUAAUUUAAAUAAGAAACGAAGCGAAGGCACUGUACACUUCCUUAUACAUAAACGUUAUAACGAUGGCUCUUUUAGUACUGCAAGUUGGAGGGAAAUGGCCCAAGAGGCAGUGGGAAACGAUAGACAAGUACAACUCGACAUGAUAAGAAUGUUGAUAAAUGUAAAGGAUGCUAAAGAAGGCUUAUAUUGGGCUAGACACUUUGAUAUACCUAAAGAACAGUGGCCCUGGGCAAUUGCAUAUGAAGCUGAGCUAAGUGAAACUAGAAGAAUAAAUGAUGGAGCUUCCACAAGCAGAAUAGAUGAGAACGAUUGGGAAGACUCUGACGAUUUCGCGAAUUACCAUGAAUUAAAGUUACCCAGAGAAUCUAUUCAAGUCGUAAACAAUGAGAGAAGUUUCGAAGACUUUCUUGAUAAUGGACUUAGGGGUGUCCGUAUAGUUGGUAUCGAUUCCGAAUGGAAACCGAACUUCGGUACGAAACAGACUGAAUUGGCAUUGAUUCAAAUCGCUACUGACACAAACGUAUACAUCUUAGAUGUAACGACUAUGGGAACCAAAUCGGAAAACUUAUGGACUGAGUUAGCUUUAACUCUUUUUGAAAAUAAAAGUAUAUUAAAACUCGGAUUUGGUAUAUCUCAUGAUAUGACAGUCAUGCACAAUACACUGCCUGUGUUGAAAAACGUAAAAACAUAUGGGGAAGGCUACUUGGAUAUCGUAGAAUUGUGGAAAAAAUUAGUAGGAGAUUACAAAUUUGUAUUUCCAUAUGAAGGUGAUAACAAUGUCACCAAAAAAAGUUUAAGUAAACUCGUGGAACUUUGUCUUGGCAACAGACUAAAUAAGUCCGAUCAGUUUUCAAAUUGGGAGCAAAGACCUCUGAGAGAGAAUCAAAUAAUGUAUGCAGCUUUAGAUGCAUACUGCUUGUUAGAAGUAUUUUCCGUUUUGAGAGAUCAAUGUGAUAAUCUAGACAUACCGUUUCCGGAUAUUUGUGCUGAAAUGCAGCAAAUUAAAAAAAUAUUGCCGAAAAAAAACACGAAGAAACCUAUGCAUAAGCUUCAUAGAUCGAUGAACGGAAAAGUAAAGUUCGAUAAACAAUCUGAUUUCCAAAGAAAUCGACCAAAUCGAAAAUCAGAACACGUACAAGGGUUUAACAAUGAAAAUUCGAUACAGAAGUAUAAGCCAGAAAUAACCAGGUUUGGUCAGAAUCGGUUAGAAAUGACCAGGUUUGAUCAGAAUCAGCCAGAAAUGGCCAGGUUUGGUCAGAAUCAGCCAGAGGCUCACAAAUGGCGCGUAGUUUGUGAUUCAAUGUUAGGUCCGUUAACCGGCAAAUUACGAAUGUGUGGAUGUGAUUGUCUCCAUUAUCCUGGCGAUCGAAAUGGAUCUUUGUCUGCAAGUAUGGCAUCGGAAGAAAAUAGAAUACUUCUAACUCGUCGUUUAAAUUACCUACUAUUUUCGAAAUAUCUGCCGCCUGGAAAAAUAUACGUAGUAUUGGCUGAUGCUCCUGAUUUUCAAUUACGAGAGGUGAUAAAUCAUUAUGGUGUUAAGAUCACCAGAAGAGAUGUUUUUAGUCGAUGUCAGUCUUGUAAUUCCGAUAAAUUUACGGAAGUUUCGAAACAGACGAUGGACAAGCUUUCUCAAAGGUUGCGAUUCAACUGUCAAAGCCGUGCUCCAGAUAGUUGUAUGGCGGAUUUAAGUAAUCGUGACACAUCUGGUAGACAUCAUAUCGAGGAUAGAACGUGGACGCUUAGUGUUAAUUCUGUUAAUGUUCAUCAAUGCUCCACUAUACAUGGUGCGAGGAUACAGCUUGAAAGAGUUCCCAUUCAGGUACUACGAACUGUACAAACUUUUUAUAUCUGUGAGCAAUGUGGGAGGGUGUCUUGGGGCGGAAUACAAGUAGAACGUACGUUAGACCGCCUGGAAGACAUUCUUUCUGUGUGAUUUUAUUAAUAAAUGUGGUAACCAUAUCGAAGCUGUACUCGAAAGACUAGGAAUGCACAAACCAAAACUGUCUUCGUUGAUUUGAGUCAGUGACAAUUGUCCUAAUGUACUAUGUCGAUAUCUAACGUAUCAUUAAGUUCAUUCUUUUGAAUCGCUAUAUAUCCUUUAAGAACUUUUUCAAACAUCCUUUAAAGGACCUCUUGAUAGAACUAAGAAGUUAUUGUUUAUUUUCUUUGUAUCCAUUGUUACGAAAUAUUACUUUUGCGUUAUUCUUAAAAAAAGUUGUGCAAAUUUUAUUAUGAUAUCGAGAACUAUAUGUUAUACAUCGCACAAAAGUACUCUUGGUACGUUUUGUGAAGAAUGACGAAAUAUAAAUGGAAAAGAUAUAACAGA